AUGGCUACAAGUAAUGCAAAUGCUGAAAGGCAGAGACGGCUAAGUAUUUCGGUCGCCGCUCAAACAGGGGAAGCAGCCUCUUCAACGACUCUCGCAAAUGAAGCAUCGUCUUCAACGAUUUCUGCGAAUGAAGUACCCUCUUCAACGACGGAGAGAGACCAUGAUGAUAUCGUGAUAUACGAGCCUCGCCUAAAAGUAGAGAAACGCUUCCUAAAGACCGAAUGUGUUCUCAUUACGCAAAUCAUCGAGGAGAAUUCCCAAAAUACUGACCUCGAUGCUAUUGCUAUCCUCGAUAAAGCUAGCGAAGCCGUGAUGAGACUCGGUAUCACUCACUCAGCACGUGACUGUUGGAUAUAUUGGUCCCAUAUGGGUAGGAAGCAAAGUAUUGUCGCUCGUGAUUGGCCUCCCGAGGCAGAGGAUGUCGAUGAAGAAGUGAUGGCGUUUGAACGCAUCCGAAGAGCUCCAGACGCAGUUAUGUUACUUGCAGUACCUGCCACAAAGGCGUCGGAGCUUUUAUCAAGAGAGCAAAAGGAACAUCUUUGUGAGGUAAUCAAAAAGAUGGAAAGCAGCCAGUAUGGCAUGCCAGUCGAGACAUUUUGGUGCAAAGUUGAAGAAGCUAUGAAUAAAGCUAGAUAUGCUGAUGAUCGACAUAAGCAACGUGAAUAUUGGGAGGAGGAUGGUCGACAGGAAUUCGCUUAUGAUGAAAGACAAAGUUUCAAUAGACGCAUCAAGAAUACAGCGACAAAGCAGACCAACCCUACCAGUCCAAAAAGCCCUGCCAGUCGGAUCAGACUAUCCUCAAGGAGAAACAAUGCUAGGCUAGGAGUAAUGAGCACAGAUUAUCCAAUCCAGCAGAAUAAUAGCAAGAAAAGACGUUCCGAUCCUGAUGAAUAUCAGCCUAAAAAGGUUCAAAAGCCACAGACGGCUACCGACAUGGUAACAUACAAAAAGAGCAGGUACAGGGAGAAAGACUAUACAGCGAAGAACGCGGAUGAUCACCCCCUAGAAUUAAUCAUACCAUCUACUGGUGAGAAAUUCACUUCAUACAAUCGAGUAUCUGGAACUCCUGAGCCUUCAGUCAGCCCUAGCCCACCCGGCGGACCAUUUUUGUUCGAAGCUGCACAGCAAAUGAAGCUCCCUGCACUCCCUGCACCAACUUCACCUAUCUAUCAACGACCAGCAAAGCGAGCCAGGCGGUCGAUUGAACAGGCGCCGGACAGGGGAUCGACUCCUAUCUUGGAUACAGCUGAAGAAACCCUCGGGUUGUUUGGCCCUGAAACUCCCCAGCGUCGGAGCUUUGCAGACAGUCAGAAUGUCGCAGGCUACACCGGCGAUGAAAACAGCAUGUUCGUUUCGAAUUAUAGAACUCAUCGACCAGGAAUAACCACGAGACGAGAGGAGCCAACUGUCGUCUCGUCAGAUACGGGUGCGACCGAAUUUCGCUUGUCACAGACACCUUCGCUCAUGGAGGAUGAUUCCAUAAUAUCAGAUGAGACAAUGGAUGUUCCGCAACCGUCGCGAACAAGUCCAACCAAUUCUAACAUUUCGGCUACAUCGACGCUCAUUGCCGACAAUUUUGCAACGUCAGAUGAGCAAAUAGUAGAUAAUUCACAUUCAUCUCAAUCGAGUCCUACAGAUGGUAUCGAGACUGACGACACCAUUCUAAAGGCAAUCCUACAGAAGAAGCUGGAACAAGCCAGCUCAGAUAUUUCCAAUCUGCAAACAAAUUUACUGGAAUCCAGAAGAGAGAAAGCAGACACGGAAAAAAGAAUUGUUGUCGUCGAUUCGGAUAUUGAGAACCUGAUCAUUAUGAGAGAUGCUUUGAAGAGCCAAGCGGACAAUAUGAUCGAGAUCCAAAGACUCGAGGAGAAAAUCAAGGAGAAAGAAGAUUCCAAGGAAGAAUUUGAGGAAGGAAUGACGAAAGUACUGAAUCGACCGAGUAAGUAG